AGUGCCCAAAACAUUCAUGAAUGUCCACAUACUCAGGCUGGGCAAUCGUGAAGCCUUCAAGCAGAUGACCUUCAACUUUUACAGAAAAGUUUGCGAACAUUUUACAGUGAAGUCUCAAGAUGUGACAGUUUGUCGAGAUUUUUAUUAUUCAGAUCUAGGUUUUACCACAAGCUCCACCUCUGUGAGAUUCCCGCUGGCUUGUGCCAUGCAGAAAUACUGUGCAGGUGUUGACACUUAGAUGCAAACUUCAGUGAAGCGCUAUUGGCAGAUAUUUUUCAAAGAGGAAGAUGCAUCUUACACUCAGUGUGCUCGUCCUGCUCGUGUUCUACCUGGAAAUUUCAAAUCAAACCAUUCUGAGAUUGCCAUGUGGACAUGUUUUUGCUGAUUUUAAAAUAUACGAAGUUGGAAAAGCACUGUCAGGAAGUGUCAUCCAAAUCACGACUGGAACAAAUGAAUUAGAUUGCAUUCAGUCAUGUACAGGGCACAAAAAUUGUCUCUCAUACAACGUCAACCCAGGGGAGAAGAAAUGCGAGCUCAAUAGCAAGACAAGGUACCACGAAGGUGCUGCGUUGGUAUCCAAACCAGGCUGGAUUUACAAAUCGACAGAUUACAACGAGACCUUGAUUGGCUCAACAUGCCAGGAACUGCAGCCGUGUCCUACUGAUAUGCUUUGCAAAGACACGUGCAAUUAUCCAUUCUAUGAAUGCAUUCUAUGCAAUCGAACAAUGCCUGAAAUGUUAUGUGCCCUGCAAAAAGCUGCAAAUGGGUGUGCCAGCAAUCCUUGCCUAAAAAAUGGAACAUGCAUGAAUACAGAUGACGUGUACGUGUGUAUUUGUAUCCCUGGCUACACUGGUAUCAACUGUGAAGCAGAGCUAAGUCCUUGUUACGUUUUGCCUUGCCUUCAUGGUGGAACAUGCAGAGAGAAGGGAAGAAAUUUUACUUGCACUUGUCUGCCGGGAUACACAGGACCAAUGUGUGAACAAGAUAUAGACGAGUGUCUGAGCAGCCCGUGUCAGAAUAAUGCAACAUGCGUUGAUAAAGUGUCUGGCUACAGCUGCAACUGUCUCCUUGGAUUUAAUGGUACACAUUGCGAAACAGAUAUAAACGAGUGUGCUAGCAAUCCAUGCCAAAACUCUGGCACUUGUGAAGAUAAAGUCAAUCAAUAUUCCUGCCAAUGUGUGCCAGGAUAUACAAGCACGCAUUGUGAAACCGAUGUCAAUGAGUGCUCAAGUAGCCCCUGCAAGACCGGUGCAACGUGUUUGAAUCAACUCAAUCGAUACAGCUGUCAGUGUGAGCCAGGCUACACAGGGACAAAUUGUUAUCAAGACAUUGAUGAGUGCGAAAGCAACCCAUGCCAAAAUGGGGCGACUUGCAGCAACAAGGUGAAUAGGUUUGAAUGCCAAUGCAAAGCUGGCUUUACUGGAGGCCUUUGUGAACAAGAAAUCAAUGAAUGUUCAAGCAAUCCAUGCAAGAAUGGGGGUACAUGUGUAGAUGGCACAAAUCAAUGGUCAUGUAAUUGUUCCUCUGGUUUUUCAGGGAAAGUUUGCUACCCAGAUUGUGGGCAAACCUUGACAGGAUCUUCAGGUGUAAUUGCAAGCAAGAACUUCCCUGAGUUGUAUCCACUGGAACACAAAUGCACUUGGAAGAUAGACGUGGGUACUGGCUUUAAAGUCAAGCUGGAAUUCCUUUCUUUCAAUGUUGAAGGGGGUACUUAUAACUGUUAUGACUACGUAAAGAUUACUCAAGGUUUGUCAAACUCUCAAAUUUUGUUGGAAUGCGGAACAGAUUUACCAGGUACAAUUACAUCGACAGAUUCAACUGUUCAGAUAGAGUUCUAUAGUGAUUUUACGGUAACGCGCAGGGGCUUCGAGUUGAUAUGGAGCAAGAUAUAAAGAAAAGGAACAGAAAAGCCCACAGGAAAACUUCAAGAUUUUUAAAAAAGAAGUCAAUAUUUGAAUCACAAAGAACAAAAGAAUGGACUUCCAAUUUAAAAACAAUUGUGGUGAAGACAAUACUUCAAACAGCUUUCAUGUAGAUAUAUAUUAAUAUAUAUAGAUUCAUUUAAAUUGAUAGAAUUUGCACAAAAAUCACCUAAUAAAUACCUACCAUUUAGAUAAAACCAUAGAAAUGACAAUGAAACUGGAUCAGAUGAAAUCGAUAAUUGCUAUAGAAAAUAUCUCUACUUGUUAACGCAGGUUCAGUAAAUGAUUAGAGUAAACUCUUAGAGAAAGACAAUCUUAUGUUUUCUGAAUUUUUUGCUCAACACAACUCAACGUACAUCGUGAAAAAUCUCUCUCUACGAAUCCUUAGCGCUCGAUUCAAUUUCCAGCUUUUAUAGAAGCGAACAAGGUACUAAAAUUUAUCUUAGCCAAUCACAAUCAAUUUUAACUACUACUCAAGCCAACAAAAAUUGAGAAUACGAUUGACGUAGUUAAUCCUAUUACAAUAGCUUGCUUCCAGAAAAUUCUGGCUGGAUCCUUAAUCUAUUGUCUCGGCCUCAAAGUGAGGCUUUUACGUAAAUUGCAUAGUUCCGUAGUUAUGUAACACAAGCAUACACAAGAAAAUAUAAACGUGUUGAUUUAAGAAUAAUAGAUUAAGAAUUUACUAGAAUACCGAAGAAAGCGCGAUGGGGAUUCUCCGACAAUUGCCAUUUCUUCGGUUAACCUUAAAUUGCAAGUAUAUGUUUAUGUAAAUAUGCUACUACUUUUGUAUACUUUUAUGCUAUUCAAAAUUUGAUGCACUUGAAAUGUAUUUGUUGCAAUAUUUACAUGAUCAAAUAGAAGCAAGAUCAAGAUUAUACAAAUAUUUUCAAAAAAUAAUCAUUACAGGAUUGCAGUUUUUUACCGAUCAGAAAAAUUUCUAGAGAAGUACGCUAUGCAGUCUCACUUGGAAGGUAAACAAAGUAUGUGUUGCAACCUCAUUCACAAGGUAUGUUGCAAGGUAUAUGAUGCAAUCUAAUGUCCAAGGUAAACAAAGUAUAUGAUGCAAUCUCAUUCACAAGGUAUGUUGCAAGGUAUAUGAUGCAAUCUCAUUCACAAGGUAUGUUGCAAGGUAUAUGAUGCAAUCUAAUGUCCAAGGUAAACAAAGUAUAUGAUGCAAUCUCAUUCACAAGGUAUGUUGCAAGGUAUAUGAUGCAAUCUCAUUCACAAGGUAUGUUGCAAGGUAUAUGAUGCAAUCUAAUGUCCAAGGUAAACAAAGUAUAUGAUGCAAUCUCAUUCACAAGGUAUGUUGCAAAGUAUAUGAUGCAAUCUUAUGUCCAAGGUAAACAAAGUAUAUGAUGCAAUCUCAUUUACAAGGUAUGUUGCAAAGUAUAUGAUGCAAUCUCACUUGCAAGGUAAACAAAGUAUAUAAUGCAAUCUCAUUCACAAGGUAUCUUGCAAGGUAUAUGAUGCAAUCUCAUUUGCAAGGUAAACAAAGUAUAUGAUGCAAUCUUAUGUCCAAGGUAAACAAAGUAUAUGAUGCAAUCUCAUUUACAAGGUAUGUUGCAAAGUAUAUGAUGCAAUCUCACUUGCAAGGUAAACAAAGUAUAUGAUGCAAUCUUAUAUCCAAGGUAAACAAAGUAUAUGAUGCAAUCUCAUUUACAAGGUAUGUUGCAAAGUAUAUGAUGCAAUCUCACUUGCAAGGUAAACAAAGUAUAUAAUGCAAUCUCAUUCACAAGGUAUCUUGCAAGGUAUAUGAUGCAAUCUCAUUUGCAAGGUAAACAAAGUAUAUGAUGCAAUCUCAUUCACAAGGUAUGUUGCAAGGUAUAUGAUGCAAUCUCAUUCACAAGGUAUGUUGCAAGGUAUAUGAUGCAAUCUAAUGUCCAAGGUAAACAAAGUAUAUGAUGCAAUCUCAUUCACAAGGUAUGUUGCAAGGUAUAUGAUGCAAUCUCAUUCACAAGGUAUGUUGCAAGGUAUAUGAUGCAAUCUAAUGUCCAAGGUAAACAAAGUAUAUGAUGCAAUCUCAUUCACAAGGUAUGUUGCAAAGUAUAUGAUGCAAUCUUAUGUCCAAGGUAAACAAAGUAUAUAAUGCAAUCUCAUUUACAAGGUAAACAAAGUAUGUGAUGCAAUCUCACUUGCAAGGUAAACAAAGUAUAUAAUGCAAUCUUAUGUCCAAGGUAAACAAAGUAUAUGAUGCAAUCUCAUUCACAAGGUAUGUUGCAAAGUAUAUGAUGCAAUCUUAUGUCCAAGGUAAACAAAGUAUAUGAUGCAAUCUUAUUCACAAGGUAUGUUGCAAAGUAUAUGAUGCAAUCUCAUUUACAAGGUAUGUUGCAAAGUAUAUGAUGCAAUCUUAUUUGCAAGGUAAACAAAGUAUAUAAUGCAAUCUCAUUCACAAGGUAUCUUGCAAGGUAUAUGAUGCAAUCUCAUUUGCAAGGUAAACAAAGUAUAUGAUGCAAUCUUAUGUCCAAGGUAAACAAAGUAUAUGAUGCAAUCUCAUUUACAAGGUAUGUUGCAAAGUAUAUGAUGCAAUCUCACUUGCAAGGUAAACAAAGUAUAUGAUGCAAUCUUAUGUCCAAGGUAAACAAAGU